UAACUCAGCAUCAGACCAGUGAGAGAGGGAGAGGGAGACACACACUCACUAACACACACACUCUACCCCCAAAUCUCCAGCUCUGCUCAGAGAAAGAAGCAGCAGAGACACACACAAAAGCAUUCUUGGCUUUCAGUUUAAGGGAAGAAGAAAAAAGUGAACAAUACGCCUGGUGAGAUCUUUUUACUUGAGAUAGAAAUAGAAGGAGAAAGGCGUGACAGGACUCAGACUCGUCGGGUUUAGUGAGGAUCGUUGGUAAGGAUCUCUACAUCAGGAGAAAAGUGGACAGCAACAGCAUGCGAGCAGCGAUGAGGAUCACGUGGCUGCUGCUUUCUCUCAGCUUCCUAUUCAACAGCGUCUGUUCAGAUACCACUGCCACUUCUGCGACAUCGCCCGGGCCAACUACAGGUCAACCAUCUACUUCCAGUAAGGCGGCCGUUGUUAGUGGCCCAAUUGGAACCACCAGCUCUACGAAGGCACCAACGACUGUAAAACCAACUACUGCAGCCGUUGCGACGACUGUUGAAUCCAAACCUACAGACAAGCCAAACCUCAACCCAACACAAGCACCAACUGUCACAUCACAACCACCAGCACCAACCACUGUGGCCUCAACCACGAAGGAAACCACCCCCAUCCCAGCAAAUACCCCAAUCACAGCAAAGACCACCAUCACAGCAAAUACCCCCAUCACAGCAAAGACCACCAUCACAGCAAAUACCCCCAUCACAGCAAAUACCCCCAUCACAGCAAAUACCCCCAUCACAGCAAAUACCCCCAUCACAGCAAAUACCCCCAUCACAGCAAAGACCCCCAUCACAGCAAAUACCCCCAUCACAGCAAAUACCCCCAUCACAGCAAAUACCCCCAUCACAGCAAAUACCCCCAUCACAGCAAAUACCCCCAUCACAGCAAAUACCCCCAUCACAGCAAAUACCCCCAUCCCAGCAAAGACCACCAUCCCAGCAAAGACCACCAUCCCAGCAAAGAUCACCAUCACAGCAAAGACCCCCACCACAGCAAAUACCCCCACCACAGCAAAUACCCCCACCACAGCAAAUACCCCCAUCCCAGCAGUAACUGAAUCCAGUCAAACCUCCGGGACUCCAGCUCCUGUUACUCCAAGUCGAGGGGUGCAGCAGGCCACGACUCACAGCACCUUCACCACCAGCGGCAAAGGCGGUGCUGGUAAAACUACAGAGACGGCUACAAGCCAUGAAGGGACAUCAUCAUCCUCAUCAAAGGACACAGGCACCACCAGGGCCUCCUCCACCCUGGCGGAGAAGAUCCCGACUGCAGGAGUCACCGCUAGGAAUAUUGCUUCAACCACAUCUCAAACCACCAUCAUCACCACCACCAAGGCAGCAGCUCCAGCAAAUACGUUUUCGUAUUCGCUAAACAAAGGACAGGAGAAAGAAGAGGAUAAAGAACUGGUGGAGGUGUGCAGGCGGCUGAUGGUGAACUUGCUAGAUGGAAACUGCACGCUGUCAUGGCAGUACCACAACAACAGAUUACUGUUCGACUAUGUGGAGAUAAACGGCAAAGUGAAAACAAACAUUGCAAACCAGUACUAUGAAGACAUCACCAAGAAACCAACAGAUAACAAAACUCUGAUAGCCAUCCUGGCCUCCUGUGGAGCUCUGCUCAUCAUGAUCGUCAUCCUCGCUGUUUGUGCGUCACACCAUCGAAAGCCGUACAACGAGAACCAGCAGCACCUGACGGAGGAGUUGCACACGGUGGAGAACGGAUACCACGAUAACCCGACGCUGGAGGUGAUGGAGAUUCAUCCGGAGAUGCAGGAGAAGAAGAAGACGGCGCUGAACGGAGAGUUCAACGACAGCUGGAUCGUCCCCAUAGACAACCUGCUGAAGGAGGACAUCGCCGGCGAGGAGGACACUCACCUGUAGAGACGAAGGAACAAAAACAAACAACUAUCCACACUUCCUGCUCCAUGCCGACCUUUUCCCUACAUCCUGGGAAUGCUGUCCCCGUAGAGAAGACAUUUCUGUUCUGACGACUGUAGAACAACCCAAUUGUAAUGAAGUCCGUCUGUUAUAUAUUUUUUUACUGUAGUGAGCAAAACAAAAAGGAUACAAAAUCAAGCAUGAAUGAAAUUGCACGCAAACCUAUGUUUGAAUAAUCAAGUAAAUUAAUCACUGUUAUCUAAUCCGGAUAUUUUAUAUAAAUAAGUGACUUUCUACAUCAUUACUCAUUCAGAAAAAGCUCAAAGCUACAAGAGGAUUGUGCCUUUGUACACAUGCCACUGUAAAUAGUGUUUUAAUGUUAUUUUGAGAGAGGGAAAAAGAGUCAGGAGAUGCUUAAGUUCAUCUCGAGAGCUACCAACUUAGAUAUAGAUGACUUCAGGAUACUGCAAAGCAUCCUGGUAAAUUUCCACUUAUGUGUGUUGGCACUGGUGUACCAAUCAUAAGAGACAGAUGUCUGAAGACACUACUUAGCCAGAUGUGUUUAUAGUUUAGUGUAUUGUUUUCCGUGAUACGUGACCCUUGUUGGGGAAUAAUUUGCCCUGCAUGUCCUCCUUCGCUGUCCUCCUUCGCUGUCUGACGCAGCUGACCAGCCGCUAUCUCCCAUAAGGAGGGGCUGCCCUAGCAUAUUGUUGAUGUUGCUAGUUUGUGACCGGGCAGCUCUCGGUCAGAGAUAAUGUGGAACACAUCCUUCUCAGGGUGCAGAUGACCCCGAGGCAUAGCGACAACAACUGUGAUCCAGUGUCCCCCACAACCCUGACUUAAAGUUGUUUCACGUGAUUACAAUCAAUGACAAAGCCUUUAACUUUCAUAUGAAAAUAGGUAUCCACUUUAAUCCGCUCUUGCUUUUCAAUGCAGGACAUCGCUCAGAAUAUCUAACAGGAAAAUCAACUCGUCGCGUUUUUAGUGAGCUUUGCUUUCUUGCAUUCAAAAUAAAAUAAAAAGUGACAUUACUGAACAUUUCUGGUUAAUACAUUUCAGGACUGUACUUAUAUAACGCUUUAUCCAGUCUUUACGACCCCUCAAAGCGCUUUGUAUGCUACAUGUUAUUCACCCAUCCAUACAGAGCAGUGUACCUUACUCUAGGAACUAGCAUUCACACACCGUUGGCCAUCGGGAGCAACUCAGGGUUAAGUAUCUUGCCCAAAGACAUGUUGGCUGCACAGGCUGGGAUCGAACCGACAACCGCACUCCCUCGCAGACAGUUUUUCCUGCUUUCAAAACUUCAUAAGCAAUAAAACAUACCGUUGAUUAUUCAGGGUUUUUGCUACACGAGUCUGACCAGUGGCGUACGCUGGCUAGCUAACAUUUAAAUAGUUUUAGAAGUCAAGUAAAACGGGAAGUAAACACUUUGUACUUCACGGUAGGUUUUUAGUCUCAGUUAGUCAGGUGGCCGAGAGAAUCUUGGGAAAUGAAAUCGUUAAUUAUUUUGCACUUGACUUCCACACACCGCAUGAUCCAAAAGUGGUUAUUUUUGACAACAGUGAAUCUACCAUUUUACUUCGUAGAAAACACAGUAUUUUCUCAAUAACUAGCAACAAUUCUCCCAGUCCAGAGAAUCGCCAUUUUUUUAAAGACCAGAGUGUAAAUUACUUUUCCUGCAUAGAAAUAUCACUAAAAUGCCAACUCUACAAUCAAAAAGAAAAUAUUAUCAGUUGUAAAAACACUGUUCUGAUGCCGAUUUUGUUUAUUAAUAACCUCCUCUGAUGUGAACACUGUAAAUAUUUCUGUUUCUUCCACUCUUGCUGCUGCUGGAGGGUCAUGUGACAUUUGAAGAUGAUCUAAAAUCCCUCACAGCAGAACCUGGGCACGUUUCCUUUUGGAUUAUGUUCAGCUUAAUAAUUUCUCUUAAACCCAUUAAGAAGUUAAUAUAUAUGUGUGUACUUAUAUACAAGUGAAUCACCUUUGGGCACUCCUAUCCACCGUUUGUUUGUUUUGUUUGUCUGCCGUUUCACGUUUAUUAUAGCUGUGAUAUUUUCACCAAAGUAUGUUACCAGUAUUUCUAUGUAUUUAUGAUUUGUUUGCUGCUGAAGGCGAACAGCAGGGGUCUGACACACUGGAAAAUGUAAAUUGUCAUGUUGUUUUACCUGUUCAGAUUUGCAAAUAAAAGCUUAUUUUUUCCACUCGA